UGUUGCCCGAAAAAAUACUAAAAUGACGACAACGAGCUUACCAAGGGUUCCCGAGGGUCUAAGGGACCUCAUGAAGGUGUACACCAAGGAAGUGUUACGUGAAAAACCAGCAGAUCUGUACGGAUUUUCCGCAAAGUUCUUUAAUUUGAUAGUUGCGGAAAAGUCUCAUCAAGUUGUGCGAAAAUACGAGCCGGUUCAGACUUACGAAACCAUCAUGAAAAACCGCAUCAAACAGCAGGUGCCCAUCUCGAUGGUGUUCAAUAUAAUUCCCGAAACACUCACCGAUCUGAUCAAGAAGUUUAUAAAAGCUGUUCUAAGAGAAAAGCCGGAAAACAUAUAUAUCUUUGCCCAGGAGUAUUUUCAAAGGCUCUCGAAGGAAAAGUCAGGUCGAAUCGAGUACACAAAGUAUUCGACAUACGAAAAGUCAAUUAAGGACAAAGAGAACAUAGCCCCCGUUUCGAAGGUGACUUGCGAAUGUGGCCGAGUUCUUAGUGCGCAAAGCAAGGAUCUUACAAAGGCAGUAUCCACUGAAACCACAAAAUUAGGGACUACUAUCACAGAGGAGACUACCCUAUCGAGCAGCAUUAGCUAUGUGAAAUCGGUUGUCGUUAUUCAACGUCAUUUCCGUCGAUAUCUGAAGCAAAAGAAAAUAGGUCGUGAGAAAAACAAGUGCAAUAGCGUGGAAUACAUGACAGCCAUCAUUUUAAUCCAACGGCAAUUCCGUCGCGUUUUGGCCAAAAGGCGAGUCGAAAAACUUAAAAAGUCCCGGCCUGGGCAACUUUCCUACGUUAAGUUCAAUGCAGCUAACUACAUGAAAGCCGUAGUCGUAAUCCAGCGACACUAUCGUAUAUAUUUAAAAAGGAAGCAGGAGCAAAAUCGAUUGAAAAACGGCCCAGUUUCCUUAGCGACAGCGGCUUUAAUAAUCCAGAGAGCCUUCCGCAGGAUGGUAGCAGUUCGAAGGGCCAGGAGAACGGCAUCCGUGACCGCAGAUCCUGGCGAGGAGCUCAACGACAAUGCCUCCGAGACCGGUUCCUACACAUCCGUUUCCACGGCCCUUCUCUCAACGGAAUCGACCGAACUGGGAAUGGCAAAUUACGAGGAAAAAGUCCACCAGAAAAUAAUUCACGAGGAUGAGGAAGUGGAGAACAAUAACGUGGAUGCCAGCCUAGAGAAGGAGUAUUUGGCAGAAACCAUUAAAGGCGAUGACAAAUCGAUAGGCCCAAGGAAAAGCGAAAUACUUGGUCUGGAAAGGGAAAAGGAUCUGAAUAGCGAGCUAUCUGGAAUUGAGGCCGAGAAACCGCUGAGCCCGGUAAUCGAGGAUGAGUUUACACCAAUGAAAGAAAGCAAACGGACAGGAUCUGCUCAAGAAACAGCAAUUAAAACUAACAAUAACAGUUUAGAAAUAAAAGAGGAGAACGAAAUGCUCCUAGAAAGUGAUUCAGAGAAACCAGCAGAAAUUGAAGAUGAAUUUACAGCCAUUAAAGCUGGCAGCAAACUGGAUUCUUCUCCAGAAACUGCCGAAAUCGAGGAUGAAUUUACAGCCAUUAAAGCUGGCAGCAAAGAGGAUUCAUCUCCAGAAACUGAAUUAAGUAAAAAAUCGAGCUUAGAUCUACAAGAGAAAACCAAUGCUGAACUAAAAACAUUGAAAGCCAGUAUAGAAGAACUACAAUUGGAAAUUAAAGAUGAUCUUAAAGCUAUUAAGGAUCAAGAACUGGAAAACGAGGUAAAAACUGAAGACGGUAACGAAGAUUCUGCAAAUUCAAAAGAGAUAGAAGACUCGCUACAUAAACAAGAAGAAGAUAAAGACAAAGAUAUUUUAAUCAAAGCAACAAGUCCGUUGACUAAAUUAACUAAUUCUGAGAGCCAAGAAGUGGCAGAUAAACCCAUUAAAACCGAAGUUACUCCUAAGGUUUCCAUAGAAGUUGAACUUGUGGAUGAUGUUCUAGAGGAGGAUCUGUCUGAUCCCUAUAUAAUUAAUCCAGGAAAUGAAUUAUCAGAAGGUGACUACUUGGAAGAGCAGCCUAGAAGUAUGCCCACCGUUGAGAUAGAUAGUCUAAAAACGGUUUUAACCAAUCACAAUCGGGAGGUCCAAAAACAAGAAAUUUCCAAAGAAAUUAUACCCGAUGAAGAUACUGAAAAAAACGAAGAUAUUGUAAAACCAACUGAAAUCGAGGCUCAAGAAGAGGCCUUUACUGCAGCAAACAAGUCUACAAAUAAACAGAAUAGGGAAGACUCUCUCAUAAAAAGAGAAAAGAGAAGCCUGGAUGACACAGAAGAUAUUGUAAAUCACUCUCAACCGGAGAACGUGGAGUCCACAGAUGUUAUUGAAAAGAACACCAAGAAGUUGUCUAGCGCAAGCGUAAAAGAUAAAGAUAUUGGCACCUCGGGUCGUCUGGUGCCCACACCAAUUGCCGAGCUGCAGCUCAAGUCAUUCAAAGCUCCCAACGACGACGGCGCCUGGUAUGAUAUCUAUGUGGAGCCCCAGCAGCCAUCCGACAAGGAUUUACAUAGCCCACCUCCGGCAGCUUCAGUUUCAACUAACCAAACUGAGAAAAAGCAAGACAUAACUCCGGAAAUGGAACCCAUUGUUGUUGCAGAAAGAGUUCCCAGUUACUAUACGCCCAAAGAAAUUCUUGAACCCAGUGUUCCAAAAGCUAAGAACUCAAUUUCAUUCUUCGUUUCCUUUGAUUCUGAUGAUGGCAAGCCCAAGUACAAAAUACCCAAAAAGUUUCGGGAUCAAUCGAAAAGCGAUACUUUAGCAGACACGAAAAGUGACCCAGAACCCGAAAAUAAUGAAGAAGAUAUUGAAGUAAUUGAAGUCUCGGAGGGAGAUCCCGAAUACCAACAGAUGGGCGGAUCCAAACUGCAAACCAUAAUGGAACUUAACGAAAAUGAAUGUAAUAAUGAGGGCUCAACUUUACAUGGAGAAGAGACAGAGUCGUCAAAGGAUUUAAUCGAUAAAGAGAAGAGUGAUUCGGAAAGUUUUAUAAGAUCUGGAGAUCUCAAGUUAGAAAGCUCCACAAAAACUGAUACCGAGCAUUAUGAAUCAGUUUACAAAACAGAUAUUUUAAACCUUACGAGAUCUGUGCAGAUUAUAGAAAGAGCUUAUAGGCGCUUUAAGAACCGACGCUCACUAAAGAGGCAAGAAAUCACGGAUAAUAAAAAGAAAAAUAAUGCUGCUAAAGUGAUACAAAAAUGGGUUAGGGACUUUCUAAUCAAAAAGUCUCCAAAAGUAACCUCAGAUAUUUCUCGGGGAAAUCAGGAAAGCCUAGCUGCCCGAAAAAUUCAGAGAGCUUAUAGAAGAUACGUUGAAAAAGCUAAAGAGGAAGCAGAAAAGGAAAAAAGAGCAGCACUUAUAAUUCAAAAGGCCUUUAGGGCAUAUUCUCAGAAGAACCUGGCUAAGUCAAAGAAUGAAUCCUCUGAUAACAUUAAACUAAAGGAAAAUCAAGCUGCUAGAAAAAUACAAAGGGCUUACAGAAGGUAUUUAAGACAAGCCAAUAAGCCAAAAGUCUUACUUGACUCUGAGUCAGAACCUAUUCAAGUUUAUAAGUCAACAGAAAAUAAUGCUAGUCCGAAGUCGUCGGCCUUGAACCCAGAUGAAAUCAAAGAGGAAAAUAUAACUCAAGAAGAUAAUUCUAGACCAAGUUCUAGUCCGGUGGAGGAUUUAUCAGAUUUGUCAGAACUAAAUCAGCAUCAAGCUGCCGACAAAAUUCAAAGGGCUUACAAAAGGUAUUUACAAAAGACCCACAAGCCAAAAGUGAUACUUGACUCAGAGUUAGAGGAACCUAUUACAGUUUAUAAGUCAACGGAAGUUACCUCAAAUGAAGUCAAAGAGGAAGUUAAAACUCAGGAAGCUAAUUCUAAGCCAAGUUCUAGCCAUGCACAGGAUCUGUCAGGCUUGACAGAAUUAAAUCAGCAUCAAGCUGCCGAAAAGAUUCAAGGGGCCUUUAGAAGAUAUUUGAAAAAAUCCAAAAAGGCAGAGAUCAAAGAUUUUAAAUCAAAAGACUCUGUAAAAAUCGAUAAACCUAUAGGUAUACCGAGCCAAAGUGAAAGCUUGUCAAAGGACGAAGGCAACCGAACUGCGAAUGCUGCCCUAAUAAUUCAAAAAGCCUUCAGGCAAUAUAUGGAACGAAGAAAACUAGAAAAUCUAGAUGAGAUCUCCCUGGAUUCAAUUACCAGUUCUCGCAUAACGGCCAUCGAAAACUCCUUAUGUCCCACUGAAGGCACACCAUCCGAUAGCCUGAUUCAGGAGGAAAUACCAAGCGAAGAUGCAACGCAGAUUAGUCCAAAGUCCGAGUGGUUUGUGGGAUCCACUCGCAUAGUACCAAGCCAGGAAGUCGUUGAAGAACCUCUUGAGCUAGAAACCGAACCGGAUCCGGCUGAAAUCACACGUAAAACCGAGCUCGACACCAGCACGCAAGUAGAAUCAGUUGAAACAGUAGAUAGAUCGCAUGGCUCGCUUGAAUCCAAAUUAACUCCUGGUAUUAUCAGUUCCGAAAUCGAUGAGAAUCAAGCCAAUACAUCUAAGCAGGAUAAUGCUGUCUCUUCUGGUUUAGCAGGUUUAACCGAGGCCCCAGAAGCCGGGAGCCAUGCGGAGGAUCAAGUACUUUUAUCACAGUCCGAUAUUGGCAGUAUUUUCCAGACUCUAGAUAUGGCAUCGACUCAAGAGCUAGUUAAUGAUUUCUUGAUGAACGAAAUUCACUUUUCAUCCGCUCAAGGACCGUAUAUGAAUGGAAAGCAACUCCAAGAAGUUGUAGAGGAACCUUGCAUCAAAAGAUCAGCUUCACGAGUGAGCCUUUCUGAAGGGGAAACAGGGAAUGAUUCCUCAAAAUCGGAAGCUACUGGCUUGGAUACCCUAUCCGCAGAUACCAUAGACAAGGCAACUGUCAAGCUGUCAAAGCCCGAAGAAGUGAUUGAAAAAAUGGCACAACUAAGGGACUCCAAGUCUAGCGAGAGAAUCCUAUCCGCAGAACCCAGUUUAGAUGAACCCAUUGUCAGACCCAUGAGUUCUCUGCAGGAACAAGCCAGCUUGGACAUUGAGGAUGGAGAUAUUAUCGUAUACAACCGCCUUCAGCGGGACGAGACCCGUGAAAGUUCUGCCCAAAGUGACUCUGUAGUCUUUGGGGAGGCAGAAUCCGAUAAAAUUCUAGACAGGGAACUGGCCACUGAGGAGGAGUCCGGAAGAGUGCAUCUAAUGAGGCAUUACACCAUCGCUGGAGAUGAUCCCAGAGGCCUAUUCCGAUCAGUGACCAUUGAUGAUGCUCUGAGUUACGGUGAAAUGGCCGAAAAGGACCUAGAUUCAAGCCUAGGCAUCAACAGUACGAAUAGCUUUUACUUGGACGACGAAACCUCGGAAAAUAUUCGCAAAAAGAUGAUGGCUUAUUCGCUAUCCGAAACUGAUUCCGAUUACUUUGACCCCAAAAAGAUGAGCAAGGAGGACUUUGACAUAGACACGGCAAUGGCGGAUGCCAUGGGCACGUCCACAGAAACAGAAUCGACCAUUGUUUCAGCAGCCACAAAAAUCCAAGCCGGAGCACGGGGUUUCCUGACCCGGCGGAGGUUGCGUCGCGCAAGUGCUGGAACCAAAUCGUCCACCAUGGACACCAAGGCGUCCUUUGGCAAUGAUGCGAUUAGCGAGUCUUUGGAGCGAUUCAUCGAGGAGGAGGCAGCGAAGAAGAUACAAGCCGCAUACAGGAUUCACACCCGCAAACGCAAGGGCAACCCCCACCGGAUGGAGGGCAUCAGCUUGGAGAGCAACCUAGCAGCCAGGCGCCAGAAGCUCCAAAGAGGCGAUGCUUUGCGCAAUGACUCGACUCCCGAUGAUGAGAACAGUGGAUCCACCAAUAGCGGACAGACACAGAAGCUCUUGAAAAAUGAAAAGCGAACCAAAGCAGUUGGUGAGGCCAAGUCCAGAGCCGCUAUGGAAUUAAAGUGGCUCACAAUGAGGCAGAACUCAAUGCCGGUUCAGAUCGAUUGCGAAGUUUUCAGAGUUAUACCCAAGCACAUGCGAAAACGUAUCAAAAGCGCCGAGGCAGGCAAAAGAAAAUAA